AGUGAGGGGGCUGCGGCGUCCACACAGAAAAGGCCGCCGGGGCGGACGGAGCCUCUAGCUGCAUCGUCCCGUGUCCCGCCGCACCGCCCGCGGGCACCGCCGCCCGCAGACAUGGCUCAGAUCCUGCCUAUACGCUUCCAGGAGCACUUCCAGCUCCAAAACCUGGGGAUUAACCCAGCAAACAUUGGAUUCAGUACCCUGACAAUGGAAUCUGACAAAUUCAUCUGCAUCAGAGAGAAAGUAGGAGAGCAAGCACAAGUUGUGAUAAUUGACAUGAGUGAUCCAACCACUCCUAUCAGACGCCCAAUCUCUGCAGAAAGUGCCAUCAUGAAUCCAGCUUCUAAAGUAAUUGCUCUGAAAGCUGGGAAGACACUCCAGAUCUUUAACAUUGAGAUGAAAAGUAAAAUGAAAGCCCACACCAUGGCAGAGGAAGUGAUCUUCUGGAAAUGGAUAUCUGUGAAUACAGUUGCCUUGGUGACAGAAACUGCUGUCUACCACUGGAGCAUGGAGGGAGAAUCUCAGCCCCAGAAGAUGUUUGACAGGCAUGCCAGUCUGGCAGGCUGCCAGAUUAUAAACUACAGGACUGAUGAACAUCAAAAAUGGCUGCUACUUAUUGGAAUUUCAGCUCAGCAAAAUCGUGUCGUUGGUGCAAUGCAGCUCUACUCAGUUGACAGAAAAGUCUCUCAACCUAUUGAAGGCCAUGCAGCAGCCUUUGCAGAAUUCAAAAUAGAAGGAAAUGUCAAGCCUUCCACACUCUUCUGCUUUGCUGUGAGGAGUCCUGCAGGAGGCAAGCUGCAUAUAAUUGAAGUAGGUCAACCUGCUGCUGGAAACCAGCCCUUUGUUAAGAAAGCUGUUGAUGUAUUUUUCCCUCCUGAGGCACAGACGGAUUUUCCUGUGGCAAUGCAGAUUGGAGCCAAGCAUGGAGUUAUAUACCUAAUCACAAAAUAUGGAUACAUACAUAUGUAUGACUUGGAAUCUGGAGUGUGCAUUUACAUGAACCGUAUUAGUGCUGACACUAUUUUUGUCACUGCUCCUCAUGAGCCUACCUCUGGCAUCAUUGGUGUGAACAAGAAAGGACAGGUGCUUUCAGUUUGUGUAGAAGAAGACAACAUUGUGAAUUAUGCUACAAAUGUUCUCCAGAAUCCAGACCUGGGUCUGCGUAUGGCAAUCCGCAGUAACCUGGCUGGGGCAGAGGAACUCUUUGCCAGGAAGUUCAAUACACUCUUUGCACAAGGAAGCUAUUCAGAAGCUGCUAAAGUAGCAGCAUCCGCACCAAAGGGCAUCCUGCGUACCAGUGACACUAUCAGAAAGUUUCAGAGUGUGCCAGCACAACCGGGGCAGGCCUCGCCCUUGCUGCAGUACUUUGGGAUCUUGCUUGAUCAGGGGCAACUCAAUAAGUUUGAGUCCUUGGAACUCUGCCGUCCUGUCCUGCAACAAGGCCGGAAGCAGUUGCUGGAGAAGUGGUUGAAGGAAGAUAAGCUGGAAUGUUCAGAGGAGCUUGGAGACUUGGUGAAGGCUGCUGACCCCACCCUUGCACUCAGCGUUUACCUUCGUGCUAAUGUGCCGAACAAAGUCAUUCAGUGCUUUGCAGAAACUGGCCAAUUCCAGAAAAUAGUUCUUUAUGCCAAAAAGGUUGGCUAUACACCAGAUUGGGUCUUCUUGUUGAGAAGUGUAAUGAGAGUCAGUCCAGAACAGGGUCUGCAGUUUGCUCAGAUGCUGGUGCAGGAUGAAGAGCCACUAGCCAACAUUAACCAGAUUGUAGAUGUAUUCAUGGAGAACAGUCUGAUUCAGCAGUGCACUUCCUUUCUGUUGGAUGCACUGAAAAACAACUGCCCUGCUGAAGGACAUCUCCAGACCCGUCUACUGGAAAUGAACCUAAUUCAUGCACCCCAGGUUGCAGAUGCCAUUCUUGGGAACCAAAUGUUUACACACUAUGAUCGUGCUCACAUUGCCCAGUUAUGUGAAAAGGCAGGCUUGCUGCAGAGAGCCCUAGAACACUACACUGACCUCUAUGAUAUCAAACGUGCUGUUGUUCACACGCACCUUUUGAACCCUGAGUGGCUUGUGAACUUCUUUGGCUCCCUGUCAGUUGAGGACUCUGUAGAGUGUCUGCGUGCAAUGCUGUCGGCCAACAUCAGGCAAAAUCUGCAGCUGUGUGUGCAGGUGGCUUCUAAAUACCAUGAGCAGCUUGGCACCCAGUCUCUUGUGGAGCUCUUUGAAUCUUUCAAAAGUUAUGAAGGACUAUUCUACUUCCUGGGGUCAAUUGUGAACUUCAGCCAGGAUCCUGAUGUCCACUUCAAGUAUAUCCAAGCAGCUUGCAAGACUGGCCAAAUCAAGGAAGUGGAAAGGAUCUGUCGUGAAAGUAACUGCUAUAACCCUGAACGAGUGAAAAACUUUCUGAAGGAGGCCAAGCUCACAGACCAGCUUCCUCUGAUCAUUGUGUGUGACCGAUUUGACUUUGUUCAUGAUCUGGUUCUCUACUUGUACCGCAACAACCUACAGAAGUACAUAGAGAUCUAUGUUCAGAAGGUGAAUCCAAGCCGUAUACCAGCAGUUGUUGGAGGGCUGCUUGAUGUGGAUUGUUCUGAGGAUGUUAUUAAGAACUUGAUUAUGGUGGUUAGAGGCCAGUUCUCAACAGAUGAGUUGGUGGCUGAAGUGGAAAAAAGAAAUAGGCUCAAAUUGCUGCUGCCAUGGCUUGAAUCUAGAAUUCAUGAAGGCUGUGAAGAACCUGCCACCCACAAUGCUCUGGCCAAAAUCUACAUUGACAGUAAUAACAACCCAGAGCGGUUCCUCCGUGAGAAUCCUUACUAUGACAGCCGUGUUGUAGGCAAAUACUGUGAAAAAAGGGACCCGCACUUGGCCUGUGUUGCUUAUGAGAGGGGCCAGUGUGAUCUUGAACUUAUUAAGGUUUGUAAUGAGAACUCCUUGUUCAAGAGCGAGGCCCGCUACCUUGUACGCAGGAAGGAUCCAGAACUUUGGGCGAACGUUCUUGAAGAAAACAAUCCAUUCAGGCGACAGCUCAUUGAUCAGGUUGUUCAGACAGCUUUGUCAGAGACGCAGGAUCCAGAAGAGGUUUCUGUUACAGUGAAAGCCUUCAUGACUGCAGAUCUUCCCAACGAACUAAUUGAGCUGCUGGAAAAGAUAGUAUUGGACAACUCUGUGUUCAGUGAGCAUAGGAACCUGCAGAAUCUACUGAUCCUGACUGCCAUUAAGGCUGAUCGCACUCGUGUGAUGGAAUACAUCAAUCGGUUGGAUAACUAUGAUGCCCCAGACAUUGCAAACAUUGCUAUCAGCAAUGAGCUGUAUGAAGAAGCCUUUGCCAUCUUUCGGAAAUUUGAUGUCAACACAUCUGCAAUACAAGUGCUGAUAGAGCAUAUAGGCAACCUUGACCGUGCUUAUGAAUUUGCUGAGAGGUGUAAUGAGCCAGCUGUCUGGAGCCAACUAGCCAGAGCACAGCUUCAGAAAGACCUGGUGAAGGAAGCCAUUGACUCUUACAUAAAGGCUGAUGAUCCCUCUGCUUACAUGGAAGUGGUUCAGGCAGCUAAUAGAAAUAACAACUGGGAGGAUCUGGUUAAAUUCUUGCAAAUGGCCAGGAAAAAGGCCCGAGAGUCUUAUGUGGAAACUGAACUCAUUUUUGCUUUGGCAAAAACCAACCGCCUGUCAGAGCUGGAGGAGUUCAUUAGUGGUCCUAACAAUGCCCAUAUACAACAGGUUGGUGAUCGCUGCUAUGAUGAAAGAAUGUAUGAAGCAGCCAAGCUGCUCUACAACAACGUGUCUAACUUUGGUCGUUUGGCAUCUACCUUGGUGCACCUUGGAGAGUACCAGGCAGCAGUGGACAGUGGCCGCAAAGCCAACAGCACCAGGACAUGGAAGGAGGUGUGCUUUGCCUGUGUGGAUGGAAAAGAAUUCCGGCUGGCACAGAUAUGUGGCUUGCAUAUAGUAAUCCAUGCUGAUGAACUUGAAGAGCUGAUUAGCUACUAUCAGGAUCGCGGCUAUUUUGAAGAGCUGAUUGCUCUCUUGGAAGCUGCUUUAGGCCUUGAGCGUGCUCACAUGGGAAUGUUCACGGAAUUGGCCAUCUUGUACUCCAAAUUCAAGCCUCAGAAGAUGAGAGAACAUCUAGAACUCUUCUGGUCUAGAGUUAACAUUCCAAAGGUGCUCAGAGCUGCUGAACAGGCUCACCUCUGGGCAGAACUGGUCUUCCUGUAUGACAAGUAUGAAGAGUAUGACAAUGCAAUAAUCACAAUGAUGAACCAUCCCACUGAUGCUUGGAAAGAAGGACAGUUCAAAGAUAUAAUUGCCAAGGUGGCCAAUGUGGAGCUGUAUUACAAAGCCCUGCAGUUCUAUUUGGACUACAAACCUCUCCUGAUCAAUGAUCUUCUGCUGGUGUUAUCUCCACGGCUGGACCACACCAGAACAGUUAGCUUCUUUGCAAAGGUAAAUCAGUUGCCUCUAGUGAAGCCUUACCUGCGCUCAGUCCAGAACCACAACAACAAAGGAGUCAAUGAGGCUCUAAACAACCUUCUGACGGAAGAAGAGGACUACCAGGGUUUGAGAGCUUCUAUUGAUGCUUAUGACAACUUUGAUAACAUCACACUGGCUCAGCGUCUGGAGAAGCAUGAACUGAUUGAAUUCAGGCGUAUUGCAGCAUACUUGUACAAGGGGAACAAUCGCUGGAAACAAAGUGUGGAACUCUGCAAGAAGGAUCGUCUCUACAAGGAUGCUAUGCAGUAUGCUGCAGAGUCUAAAGAUGCAGAGCUGGCAGAGAAACUGCUCCAGUGGUUCCUGGAAGAAGGGAAGCAGGAAUGUUUUGCAGCUUGUCUCUUCACAUGCUAUGACUUACUGCAUCCAGAUGUAGUCCUUGAGUUGGCCUGGAGGCAUAACAUCAUGGACUUUGCAAUGCCUUAUUUUAUCCAGGUGAUGAGGGAAUACCUUACCAAAGUUGAUGGGCUGUUUAAUAAGGUGGAUAAACUUGAUGCUUCUGAAAACCUAAGGAAAGAAGAGGAACAAGUAGCUGAACCCACUCCAAUAGUAUUUGCUAUGUUCUCCCCACUGGAGCUUACUCUUCUUUGCUGCUCCCCAAACUGCAGGACUUGUAGUGUGGGAACAGAAGCCUUGAGGCCAGCAGCUGAUGCUAACAGCAGGGCCAAAUGCAGUACCUCCCCAGGCAAACUUCCCUUAUGGAUACACAGCACCAGGAUUCACUCAGCCACCUGUUUACGGCUUCAAUAUGUAACUAGUUCUCUGACAGACCUUCGCUGGGUUCUCUCCCUUCCCGUCCCUCUGACUUUUUUUCUCCAGGAAGCAUAUGAUGGUCCUAAAGGCACAGAUGAUCCUCUGGCCAAACGCUACUUUUUUUGCUGCCCUGCUCGGUGACGAGUCUUCCAGAGGAUGCCUGUUGCUGUUAUUUAUUGCUAUUGUCCGGUUACAUUUCAACCUCUGAAAGGCAGCUUUAGUUAACUACAUUGCAAGACUGUCUGAAGUCAAGGCACUACUUCACUAAAACUCAAUGCAUAGCAAUAACUGCUUGAGGCCAGGGAGAAGUAGGAGCACAUUUUCCUUGUUGUGAAGCCCAUUGCUGGCAGUUGCCUGGCACCAAGUCGUUAAAGCUUUAAUUCAAAGCUACUUAUUGAGUAGCCAGGAUGUUUGAAUUCAACUUGGCAUCUUCUUGCUGAGAGACUGCUAGAAAUUUUGUCUAAACCUGACUGCCCCGUUCUGUUUUGCCAUGCUGUGUGCAAAAAAAAAAAAAAAAAAUUUCUAAUAUUUAAGAUGGCUUGGAAAUGUAGACAAAUACUGGGAAAAGUUCUUCUUGCUAAAUUGUCGGGUGCAGAAUAGGUUUGUUCUUUUGGAGUAGGUCUUGAGACUUUGACUAAACAGAAUAAAUCUGUACCAGAGUAAACGCUUCCCAGAAGCUGUUUUGCCUAAUGACAGGAGAGCAUGUUACUUAUUGACGUUAAAUGGUACAAAAGGAAACCUCAGCUAUAUGUAUGGCAAAUGGAAAAUAGCAGGAGUGUGCGCGUGUGUGCAUGGGCUGCCAAAGUACUAGAGUAUAUGCAAAGGUAAUGAAGAUUCAAAGAGCACAGUGGUGGGAUGGGGGGAGGGACAUUAUUGCUAAAAACAUAUUUUUGAAGUAAUGGGGAAGGACGUAAUCCUGGUCUUGCACCUUUUUUUUUUUUUUAAUUCUGAUUCUAGGGUUGUCUUCCUGCCACACCUUGUCACAUGGAUUCUGACUCCUGACUCUGCAUGGGGUGCUAUCUGAACUGACAGUACUCAAUGACUCUUGGUUUUGCUAUGCUGCAGUAAUAUAACUGGCAUGUCCACCCCACAUGCGCGCACACUUUGUUUUGAGAAUGCCAACAGGGAUGUAUUAUUAACUUGUGCCACUCUCCAAAUACAUGUAUCAUUAACGUUUUAUGUACUGAAAUAGAUAACAAUGUAUAAUUUAUGGUUAUGAAUCUUGUGCUAAUCAUGAAUAUUAUAAAAGUUCAAUUAUAAAUGUAAAACUGCAAUGUC